AUGCUGCUCUCAAGCAGAGCCCAGCCGCCACGGCCUCUGAAGGACUUCACGAGACUUACCGGCAAGUCAAACCUUUCGGUGAAACAGUUCUUGCUACACAGUCCGUUACCUUCGCCAGCUUUGCCGGCUCUUGUGCCUCGACAUGGCAAGAAGCCUCCGCCAUUCAAUUCCAGACGAGCGCUGCGGAUCUUGGCCUGGCUGGUUCUGCUGGUCACCGCGUAUACAUUGCUAUCUUCGUUAUUAUCUUGGACACGAGGAUCUAGUGUCCAUCGGUUAUCAACCUUACCAUAUCUGACGUCUUCGGGUAAGGCGUAUCAGAUAGUGGCCGACAGCGAACUGCCAGACUAUCCUACACCUGUAGGCGUGGUUGAUAAGUAUGGCAAGAAGAAAUGGACAAUAUCCAUUCCAGAAAAGCUAGGCUUCCCGCUCAAAGCGGCAGAUUAUGCUGAUAUCUGCUCCCACGUCCCGGAGGUCGCGAACCAAAUAUCUUCGAAACCUAUGGAAAAUACAUUUCUGGAUGUAGCUGAAGCCCAGAAGCAGGGCCUUCUGCCAGCAGCCCGCCCCGAGACCAAAUCAUCGACUCUGCCGGUCUGCACCAGAUCGUUGACAUACGUGUUGGAUGCAACCGAUGCUGGUCUGGGUUCUGCUCUAAUGGGUGUGUGGAUCUCAUAUGCGCUGGCCAAGCAGGAUGGUCGGGCUUUCUUUCUCGACGACACUCAAUUCGGCUACGGGAGAUGGGAUUCGUUCUUCAAGCAACCUCCGAAACCAUCUUGCCGACCACCUCCACCAUCACAACGCCUACCGUGUCCUUUCCAAGCCAGACACCUUGUCGUCUCAGCUGCCACCUUCCCGUGGGCCUUGGGCGCGGACUUCAGGGCCAGGCACACCACGGCUGACAUCUUCAGACUCGCCCGCCAAGGCUACGAAGCACUCUUUCAUCUGCCUUCAAAAGACGCAGCAGACGUAUCUCAACGCCUAGCAGAGCUGCGAGGCGAUGAUGCCUCGAACCCACAGAAAACAGUCGGCAUCCACCUCCGCCGUGGAGACCGCCACCCUUUCACCCUCGCCUACUCACAGGCCUAUCUGCCACCCACCAUGUAUCUCGACGCCGCCUCGCAACUCGCUGACACCAUUGCCAGUGAGAACGGCGUAGAGGACCCCCUCGAAAUUACCACCGUCCUCGCAACAGACGAUCCGGAUAUGUACACGCACCCAUCCUCUGCAAUGUCGCACCUCCCACGUGCUCAAGCGCGCAUUACGCUCGCCUCGAAGCAUACCCUUCCAAACUCACACGCCUCCUCCGUCGGCUGGGAGGGCGGCUUCUACCCGGCUCUCUUUUUUAGUCUCGGCCUUCCGCCUGAAGUCGAGUGGCAGAAGCGGAUCAACUCGCCGCUGCCGUCACGUAUGGUCGCGGAACUGGGCGAGGAGGAUAGGCUCGAGCGCGACUAUAGGAUCCAGCCAACGCAGGAGGCGGAGAAGAUGAGGGGACUGAUCGGGCGGGCUUAUUUGCUUGAUCUAGCAGUGCUGGGUGGAGUGGGCAGGGAUGGCGGAGUUGUAUGUGCGGUGAGCAGUAUGACUUGUCGAUUGUUGGCGGUAAUGGUGGGUGAUCAGGGUGAGGGAAAGAGAAUGGGUGAUGGGAGGUGGAUGAACAUUGAGAAGGGCUAUGCUUGGCGGACGUUCGACGUUUGA